GUGGUAAAAAAACAGACAUUCGGCUUAAGGUUGUGUAAAACCUCACUAGCUAAGUGCUCUUUUCUCUUCAUUUGAGUACGUUUUAGAUAGUUAUACGCCGUAGUGAAACAGUAUUAAUGCAGUUUGUGAACAGAUACUGGCUGUCAAAAUGUCACCUCAUUAUCAACACGACAGUGGACAACGUUUUAAACUGUUUAAAUGGCGCUUUUCUAAGUUUCUAUCAGUACGCGUCUCUAUGAUGUUAAGCACAAGAUGGCGGCAUUGCUCUAGUUUACAGUGUUAGCUUCGCAGCAAGAUUGAUCAUGUUGAACGGCUAAAAUUCUUUCCUACACGUCGUCGUGUGGAGGCAGAGCAGCUGCAGGCAUGACUUUCACUUUUAAUAGGUUUUUAAUACGGACCUUUUAAUCUUUGUGGCAUUUUGUUCACUUUAUUUGGCCAAAUAUCUGGAAUAGUGUUGUAUUUGUUUCUGUAUUGCUUAAGAAGAGCUUGCUGACAGGGAUGGACGCUUACUGCUGAACUCGCCUAUUCCGGUGGUUUCUUCCAGAAGUUUUCAGGAGGUCAGCAUGGAUUCAGUAAGUCUUACUUCUGUGUGUAUCAUCUGUCUUUGCCUGGUGAUGAGAAGCACAGCAGAUCCACCAAGAUUUCCAGACCAGGUCCAGCCUGCCGACAGGUUUUCAGAGCUGUGUGCGAUCGAUAAGGUUCUGUGUCAGGAUGAGAAUGCUGUGCUGAGCUUCGAGGCCAUCAGAAGCAUCCACAAAGAUAUGGAUGAUGACGCAGACGGCAGCGUGGAUGUGACGGAGACAGACGAGUUUCUCCGAGAGGAUCUAAAGUAUCAAGAUCCCAAGGCGAAACACAAGAGUUUCCACGGCGCCGACCUGCUGAUCACUGUGGAGGACAUGUGGAACACCUGGAGGGCCUCUGAAGCAUAUAAUUGGACGGUGGAGCAAGUGGUAGAGUGGCUCAUUAACUAUGUAGAACUGCCACAAUAUGUCGACUCCUUCAGGAAGAAUGAGAUCAAUGGCCAAGCCUUGCCCAGGCUGGCUGUAAAAAAUGCCACCCUGACGCUGUCCGUGUUGAAGAUCCUGGAUCGCAGUCAUGCUCAGAAACUGCAGCUUAAAGCUCUGGACACGGUGCUGUUCGGCCCACAGAGUAACAGGCACAGCCACUUGAAGGACUUGGUGCUGGUGGUGUCCAUCAUAAUUGGUGUAGCAGGCUGCUGGUUUGCCUACAUCCAGAAUCGCAACUCGAAGGACCACAUGAGCAAGAUGAUGAAAGACCUGGACGGCCUGCAGAGAGCAGAGCAGAGUCUUCUUGACCUGCAGCAGAAGCUCCAGAUAGCACAGGACGAGCACCGCUCAGUGGAGGUGGAGAAGGUGAAUCUGGAGCAGAAGUUGAGAGAUGAGAUUAAUGAGGCUAAAAAUGAGGCUCAGAGACUCCGAGAGCUGCGUGAGGGCACAGAGAAUGAACUGAGCCGCCAGAAAUAUGCUGAGGAGGAACUGGAGCAGGUGCGCACAGCUCUGAAGAAGGCGGAGAAGGAGCUGGAGUCGAGGAGGUGCUGGUCUCCUCCUGAACCUCUCCAGAAGUGGCUGCAGGUCACACACGAGGUGGAGGUGCAGUACUACAACGUAAAGAAACAGAGUGCUGAGAAACAGCUUCUAUUAGCUAAGGAAGGGGCAGAGAAGAUAAAGAAGAAGAGAGGCACAUUGUUUGGGACAUUCCACGUGGCUCACAGCUCCUCACUGGACGACGUCGAUCACAAAAUCUUGUCAGCCAAACAGGCUUUAGGGGAGGUAACGGCGGCUCUGAGGGAGAAGCUGCAUCGCUGGCAGCAGAUCGAGUCUCUCACAGGUUUGAGCAUUGUAAAUAAUCCGGGCCUGUCGUUCCUGGCCUCAGCUCUCAACCUGGACCCUGCUUGUCUGGGGAUCCGGACUGCCCCUCCGCAGCACCUGCUGCUUUCUGACGAUCUGGAUGACAUGGAUGAGGAUAUACUGUCCCCUGGAACUCUGCGCUCUUCCAGUCCGAUGCCGGUGCGGCCGCAGCACGCUGACCCAGCGCUGAGCUCUCAGAGGGACCUGAACCACUCGGACUCGGACUCGUCUCUGUCUCUGUGUCAGUACAGUGAGAGUCAGCGUGGUUCGUCCACAGCACUGGGCAGUAGAUCCAUCUUCUCCCGGCCUAACGGGAGUGGAAACGGCUUGACUGACAGUCCCAUCUUCCCAAAGAGGGCCUUUGGCAUGGAGAAGUGCGCCAGCCUGGGAGAGAUCCACACCCAGUCCAGUGGCCUGAGCUCAGCCGCGUCCACACGCUCCCUCAGCACUCCAGUGGGAGACAUGGACAGACCUGUGGGAGGGAAGAGCAGCAGAUGCAAGAAGAGCCCAGGGGACGAGGACAGCGCCUCCACAGGGGAGGACGCUGAUGUGUCCAGCUCCAGCCGCAAGAAGCACACUUUCUCCAGACUCUUCCACAAGCAGAAGCAGAAGAAACAGUAGUGAUGUAGUAAAAGCAUAAAAAGAUUGAAAUGUAUUUCACAUUCAGUGGGACUGUGUAUUCUAGAAAUAUCAGUACUGUUUAUAUAGGUAUAAGGGAGCAUCUGCUGUAUGAUUUUUUUAUGAUUUGGUUUAUAGAGUGAUUGUGUCAUCUGAUGGGAACAAAAGUAUUAGCCUUUUGCAGAAAUGUGUGAUUUUUGUGUAAAAUAAUUUAUUCUACAGAUAGCUUCUUGUGCCAUCUGUUUACAGGUCUGGAUACGGUAAAGAGAUGCUAAGUGUAAAUGUAUCAUAAAUGUCUGUUAAGUGUAGUUAAUUCAGUUUAAAGAGCAUGGUGACAUGCACAGACCAACUACUAAAUCUGUGCUUUGAUGUAAAUUUUAUUUCUUUUUUCCACAUUGAAGAUAUAUUUUCUUGUUUACACCAGAUAUAUACGAGCACCAGUCAGCUGGAAAUGUUAGAAUGAUCUAUUCUUGUUAAAUGCACAAGCACAAAUUUUCAUAUGUGUACUAACUUUCUUUUUUUUUGUUUGGUCAAAGAAAGCCUGCCCACUGUAGCCCUCUGUGUUCUCCUGUUCUUGGAUGACAGGAGCGGACCCUGUUAUAACCCAUCUGCCUUGAGGUUCGACGUAUUGUGCAUUCCGAGAUGCUUUUCUGCUCAGUAUGGUUGUAAAGAGUGGUUACGUGAGUUACCGUAGCCUUCCAGUCAGCUCUGGCCAUUCUCCUCUGACCUCUCUCAUCAACAAGGUGUUUCUGCCUGCAGAACCACUGCUCACUGGAUGUUUUUGGGUCUCUGAGAUCACAUUUUUCCCACAUUCUGAUGAUUGACGUGAACAUUAACUGAAGCCCAUGACCUGUAUCUGUAUGAUUUUAUGUGUUGUGCUGCUGCCGCAUGAUUGGCUGAUUAGAUAUCUGCAUGAAUCAGAAGGGAUACAGGUGUUCCUUUUAAAGUGGCAAGAACUGUAACACAUUUCUCUGAAGUGAAAAAGGAACAAAGAAGCCUGUUUUACUUAAAACUCAAUUAUAAGGAAAUUUGGUAUUGAUGAAUUCCUUCAAUACACAUUUAAAACACAUAUAAAGCAAAAUCAAAACUACAGCAAUUAGACUGUAACAGUGAAGGUUCCAUUAACAGUGAGUUUCGAGUGAACAGGUUUUCUGUUCAGGGAUGUGUGUUGAAAUUCUUGCUCAUGGUAAUUGUAACACACACUAUAGCUGCAGUCGGUGGUGUGCAGGUUGAUAAACACUGGAGUAUGUCUUUAAGAGGAUGCAGAUACAAGUACAGGCAGAUUCAUCAUCCCUUCCACAUCACGCCUUUAUGUAAAUGUGAACUGAAAGUUUUGCUUUAGAAUUUUAAUAAAUCUAUUUAUUCAUGA